UCACUACUUCACUCUUCAGUCUUCAACUUGACAAAGGAAACAAAAGGAUCUGUGAAUCUCUCUCUCAACUCUCAAAAUGGCGACAAUCUUAGGUUUCUCUCAAACGAAGUUCCACCACUGCGCCGUCUCGAUCGCUUCGCCGACUUGCUCAUCGUCUUCCACGGUGGUCUCAAUGGUGGGCUCGAGCCGGGCUGAUUCGAAAAAGCUCCGGUCAGAUUUCCUCGGCUAUAUGGGUUACGAUGAUCGGAGACAAGUAAGACCCGGUUCCUGUAAAAGCUCAUCAGCUGUGAAAAUGUCGUGGGAUGGUCCUCUCGCUUCCGUCAAGUUGAUCAUCCAAGGCAAAAACCUCGAGUUAUCAGAGCCAAUCAAGCAGCAUGUUGAGGAGAAAGUAGGAAAAUCUGUUCAGAAACACAGUCAUCUCGUCAGAGAAGUUGAUGUAAGACUCUCUGUUCGAGGCGGAGAGUUUGGUAAAGGACCUAGGAUCCGUAGAUGUGAGGUUACAUUGUUUACAAAGAAGCAUGGUGUUGUGCGUGCUGAGGAAGAUGCUGAGACGGUAUACGCAUGUAUCGACUUGGUAUCAACGAUAAUACAGAGGAAGCUGAGGAAGAUCAAGGAGAAGGACUCUGAUCAUGGAAGGCAUAUGAAAGGUUUCAACAGAUUGAAGGUUAGAGAACCAGUGAUUGAGCCGGUUGUGGAGGAUGCUGAGGACAGUACUGACUCCAGUGUAGGAGAAGAAGAGGAUGAUUUGUUCAAGGAGAUUGUCCGUACCAAGACUUUUGAAAUGCCACCAUUGACCGUCUCUGAGGCAGUUGAGCAGCUGGAAUUAGUCGCUCACGACUUCUAUGGCUUCCAAAACGAAGAAACCGGUGAGAUCAACAUAGUGUACAAGCGUAAAGAAGGAGGGUACGGUCUGAUUAUCCCAAAGAAAGAUGGGAAGGCCGAGAAGGUUGAGCCGCUACCAACAGAGCAAUUGAAUGAACACUCUUUCGCCGAUUAGACUGCCUCUGCACACACAGAUAACGAUCAGCUCUUUUCUCCUUACAGUUUUAGGAGUUCAGGUUCUUGAGAAAACAAUGAAACAAAGAUUGUAGAAGUCAGUGUACAUAAAAAAACGGCCAACCACUCUUUGUAUACUUUUGCGGUAAAAAGAAAUUGAAUCUGAGUUGAUUUUAA